CCUUACAGAGCGCCGACAGCACCUUCCUCUAAAAAAAUAAGCAGUACGCUACACCAAACUGUUCCAUCCACAUCUUAAACUUUCAUACAUAUUCAGAAAAAGGACAGCAACAACAAAAAGGAGAGCUGAAGAACACCAGGAUCGGCAUGGUCAAUGUUAACAAUCAGGCCAGCACUAAUAUGGAGCUUCCGUAUGAUUCCUCGCCAGCUGAGGGUGCCAACCUGAAUGCUGCCAAUCACCUGGGCACAGGGACUCUGUGUGCCAUCUGUGGCGACCGGGCAACAGGAAAACACUAUGGAGCCUCCAGCUGUGAUGGCUGCAAGGGUUUCUUCAGACGCAGUGUUCGCAAAAACCACAUGUACUCCUGCAGGUUUAACAGACAAUGCAUAGUGGAUAAAGACAAGAGAAACCAAUGCAGAUACUGUAGGCUUAAGAAAUGCUUUCGGGCCGGAAUGAAAAAAGAAGCUGUACAGAAUGAAAGAGACCGAAUCAGUACCAGAAGGUCCAGUUAUGAGGACAGCAGCUUUCCCUCUAUCAAUGCACUCAUCCAGGCUGAUGUCCUCUCUAGACAGAUCUCCUCUCCGGUUCCGAUCAUGAACGGUGACAUCAGAACAAAAAAGAUAGCCACCAUUACAGAUGUGUGCGAAUCUAUGAAGCAGCAACUGUUGGUACUGGUGGAAUGGGCCAAAUAUAUUCCAGCGUUCUGCGACCUUCCAUUGGAUGACCAGGUAGCCUUGCUACGAGCUCAUGCUGGAGAACAUCUCCUGCUUGGAGUUGCCAAGCGCUCAAUGCUUUACAAGGACCUUCUGCUAUUAGGUAAUGACCAUAUAAUUCCUCGGAAUUGCCCUGAGUUGGAAGUGAGUCGGGUAGCUGUAAGGAUCCUCGAUGAGUUGGUCCUACCUUUCCAGGAGCUCCAAAUAGAUGAUAAUGAAUAUGCUUGCUUGAAGGCCAUUGUGUUCUUUGAUCCAGAUGCUAAAGGUCUGAGUGAUCCGAGCAAGAUCAAGCGGAUGCGUUACCAGGUGCAGGUCAGUUUAGAAGACUACAUCAACGACCGGCAGUAUGACUCUCGGGGGCGAUUUGGCGAGCUGCUGCUUCUGUUACCCACACUACAGAGCAUCACCUGGCAAAUGAUUGAGCAAAUCCAGUUUGUUAAGCUGUUUGGGAUGGCCAAGAUCGACAACCUUUUGCAGGAGAUGCUUCUUGGAGGUUCUGCUAAUGAGGCCCCCCAUGCUCCCCCAUCUCUGCAUCCACACCUGGUCCACGAGCACCUCAGCAACAACGUCAUUGUGACCACCAGCAUGGCCACUCCAAUUCACAACGGACAAAUGUCUACACCUGAAACUCCAAUCCCAUCUCCUCCACCAGCUUCCAGCUCUGAACAUUACAAACUGGCUCAGGGCGUCAUAGCCACGGUGCCUAAACAGCCAUCAGCCAUCCCUCAACCCACAAUCACCAAGCAAGAAAGUAUCUGACUAUCUCAAAAAAAAAAAAAAAAAAAAUCCACAUCCUGAAACAAAUUAGACAUGGACAACUGGCUUGCUUCAAAGAUUCCUGGAAAAUGUAGUACAAGAUGUUUUGACUAGUUAUAAUUUUGAGGCAGUCAUUAAAAGUCCAUUGGUCUAUUGGUAAACCAUUUGCUCUGGAUAAGGAGCGCUUGCAAGUGGUAUCGUAUGAAGUAAAUUUUUUUUUUUGUAAUUUUUAUUUUUGUUUAAACAUUACAGUGAGCUUCAAAUGAAAGCCCCCAGUCAUAGAUAAUGAUAUGUAGAAACCUAAAGAGCAGAAACCUCAGGAUUGUACAGUAGAUCUACUGUGAUAGCCUUUUUUUUUCUUUUACUUCUUUCAUCCUUUUUUUAAAUUUAUUCAAUCAACCUGACUUAUAGGUUGAUGUUUUUUUUAGUGGUUCAUAUUUAUACUCCCCUAGGAGAAAUUCAUAUUUCAACAUGUCAACAGAGAGAAUUAGUAAAGUUUAUAUUAAUAUUAUUAUAUUAAGAUUAAAUAAAUGUUACAACAGGCCUUUCAUCUGGCAAAAAAAAUCAGGUGUGUAUGUUGUACAGUAUUUUAAUGAGUUAAUAUGAAUGAUUUUUAAAGUACUUAGGAAUAGGUGACACUGUUUGUGCCUUACAAGCUUACAAUGUGCAUAAAUACAAUGUGACCAUCAUGAGCUGUUCAUUUAUUUUUGUUCUUUGAUGUAUCAUAGGAAAAUGUACUUCUCAUGCUUUUGGUUUUUGCUUUCCGAUGAUAUAUUUGUCAUGACAAGUUCAACGUGUCUUUAAGUGUUGUCCUGCUUUACCCCGUUACUCCAUUACUAAGAAGCAAUUUCAUUUUGUCCAUGAGAUUGAUCACACUUUAUUGGUGACAGGUUUUUAAAUGCUAGUCAUCAUAGCUGACAGCCGUAUGAGUGUGUAAGUGUGUAUGUGUUUAACUGAAACAGUGUGUUAGGAUACAAUUUGUGGUUUGGUGAAAAAAAGAAAUGAAAGCUGACUUGGGUCUUGCAAACUGCUAUUAAAUGUCAAGGUUAUAUUUUUACAUAAAAAUAUUCAGCUAUUCAUUUAUUUCCAUUAGGUGUUUUUUUUUUUAUUUAAAUAAUAGGUACUUAAUUAAUGUCACCAAAUAAUCAUAAAAACCUUAAGCAACCAA